UUCGCUUUCACCGACUCCGCGCGCCACCCAGGUGGCUCCGCGAUUCCCCACUGCGCUGGGAACAAUCACCGCACACCGCGGACGAGGCUGCCGAAGCACUGCAUCCCCGAUGGCCCGCGACCCCUGGCGGAGGGAGGAAGAGAAGGUCCCCGACGGCAGGCGACCCUCGGAGGGAACCGGGGGUCCCCUGCGUCUCCGCGACUGGCUCGUGGCGCAGAUCGAAAGCGGGCGCUACACUGGGUUGCGCUGGGAGGACGCGGGCAAGACCCUCUUCCGCAUCCCCUGGAAGCACGCAGCCAAGCAGGGUUACCAGGCGCAGCAGGACGCGGCGCUCUUUAGGGCUUGGGCCAUAUACAAGGGCAAGCGCCUAGAGGGCACUGACAAGGAGAACCCCUCCACCUGGAAGACGAGGCUCCGCUGUGCUCUCAACAAGAGUGCUGACUUCUGUGAGGUGCGUGAACGCAGCCAGCUGGAUAUCUCCAACCCCUACAAGGUCUACCGGAUUGUGUCCAACAAUGCCCUUGGCCCAGUUACCAGGGCUUGUGCUCUCCCUAAAAAGGAAGACAUUCUUCAGAGCCAGCAGGAACCCCCUGGAGAAGUGAUGGAGAUAGCCUGCAGGACAGACCAGGGCGGACAGUUUGGGGGCUCCUCUCCCACCCUCAUGGCCCUCUCUCCUGAUGCUCAGGCUGGCUCUGGAUUAGCCACAGAAGAUAAGGACAAGGAGCAGCCCCUCAGGCUGGCCGAGCAGGGCUCACGGCCUCCAGGUGCCCUGCUGCAAGGCCCUUUGGCUGACCACAGGUACCAGGCUCAAGACCCUACACACCCCUGGUGCCCCUUGCCUUCUGAGAACUUCAGCAACCCUGGUUGCUGGCUGCACGUGCGGCUGUUCUACGGCGCGCAGCUGGUGAGCGAAGCCAUCGCGCGCACGGCCGAGGGCUGCCGACUGAGCCCGCGGGCAGCCGCCGCCGCCUCCGAGGGCCUGCUGGGACCGCCACCGCGCGUCGCGCAUGUUCGUUUCCCCGAGCCGCCGCCGGAAGCCCUGGUGCUGCAGCGCCUGCUGCCUCACCUGGAGCGCGGCGUGCUGCUGUGGGUGGCGCCCGAGGGCGUAUUCGCCAAGCGCCUCUGCCAGGGCCGCGUUUACUGGCGCGGCCCGCUGGCCCCGCACCGGACGCAGCCCAACAAACUGGAGCGCGAGCGCACCUGCCAGCUGCUCGAUACGCGCCGCUUCCUUGCGGUCUCUGUGCCCGUAGAACUGCGGGCCCACUUGCAGGAUGGUUGCCCGGAACCUGAGUACCAGAUCCGUCUGUGCUUUGGCGAGGAGUACCCGGGGCCCCCGGACCGGCCUGAGGAGCGGCUCAUCAUGGCCCACGUGGAGCCAGUCUUCGCCCGAGAGCUCCUCCUGCACUCGAAGCGCCACAGCCACAGUGCCCCUGCAGCUGCAGGGUCCCAGUCCCUCAGCUCAAACGUGUCACUCACCUGAUGGUACAGCUGUGUCAGCCCUCAGCAACCA